AUGUCUCCAGCUGGGAACCGCGCCGACUGGGCCGACGACGAAGAUUUCGAUGACCCCUCCGUGCUCCCGCCGCAAGAAGUGAUCGCGAACAAGGACGGCACCAAGACCGUCAUUUCCUACCGCUACAAUGAUGACAACAAGAAAGUGAAGGUCACCCGCCGAAUUAAGACCACUAUUGUCCGCGAACACGUCAACCCUCAGGUCGCCGAACGCCGCAAAUGGGACAAGUUCGGUCUCGAGAAGGGCCACGCCGCCGGUCCCUCAUUCGACACCACCUCCGUCGGCGAGAACAUCGUCUUCCGACCCAGCGUCAACUGGAAGGCUAAUGCUAAGGAGGCUGAGAAGGAGGGUCCCGAGAAGGGCAGCAUGAAGGACCAGUUGAAGGACAAGAAGGUCAAGUGUCGUAUUUGCAGUGGAGAGCAUUUCACGGCUCGCUGUCCCUUCAAGGACACCAUGGCCCCCGUCGAGGAGGGCACUUCUGCUGCUGGUGGCGCCGAGGCGGAGGACGAUGCGGGUGGUCUUGGUGCUGGAAAGUCCAGCUACGUUCCCCCUCACAUGCGGAAGGGCGGUGCUGGUGGCGGCGAGAAGAUGGGUGGUCGCUUCGAGAAGGACGAUUUGGCGACACUGAGAGUUACAAACGUCAGCGAGUUGGCAGAGGAGAACGAGUUGCGGGAUCUCUUCGAGCGUUUCGGUCGUGUCACCAGAGUUUUCCUUGCACGGGAUCGGGAAACCCAGAGAGCCAAGGGCUUUGCUUUCAUCAGCUAUGCGGAUCGUGGCGACGCAGCACUUGCUUGCGAGAAGGUGGAUGGCUUCGGUUACCGCCACCUUAUUCUCCGCGUCGAGUUCGCCAAGCGCACUACUUAA